UUGGCAUCUGGGCUUGUACUGGUCUAACUUGGUGUAUGAUUUCCUGGUUAGAAGGGAUGAAGAGGUUGUUCCAUAUCGUGCUCGGCAGCUUAGGAACCUCUUGUGCGACCUGGGGCCUUCCUUCAUCAAAGCUGGUCAAGUCCUUGCAAACAGGCCAGAUAUCAUUCGAGAAGAUUAUAUGAAUGAACUUUGCAUUCUUCAAGAUGAUGUUCCUUCAUUUCCCAAUCAAAUUGCCUUCAGAAUCAUAGAGGAGGAACUGGGUCAGCCGCUUGAAGCUGUUUUCAGCAGAAUCUCAUCAGAGACUAUAGCAGCUGCAAGUUUAGGUCAAGUUUACCGAGCUACUUUACGUGCCACUGGAGAGGAUGUUGCUAUCAAGGUUCAAAGGCCUGGGAUAGAGCCCAUUAUAUAUCGAGAUCUUUUCCUAUUCCGCACUUUGGCUUCAUUUUUAAAUGGCAUUAGUAUACAGAAACUGGGGUGUAAUGCAGAGCUAAUUGUUGAUGAAUUUGGUGAAAAGCUUUUGGAAGAGCUUGAUUAUACCUUGGAAGCACGCAAUCUUGAAGACUUCAUUGAGAAUUUUAAAAAUGAUCCUACUGUCAAAAUUCCUCAGGUCUACAAACAAUUUUCUGGUUCACGAGUGUUAGUAAUGGAAUGGAUUGAUGGUAUCAGGUGCACCAAUCCACAGGCCAUCAAGGAAGCUGGUCUUGAUGUAGACGGAUUUUUAACAAUUGGAGUGAGUGCUGCGCUAAGACAACUGUUGGAAUUUGGAUUAUUUCAUGGGGACCCUCACCCUGGAAAUAUUUUUGCCAUGCGGGAUGGGAGAAUUGCAUAUGUGGACUUUGGCAAUGUUGCUGUUCUUAGUCAGCAAAAUAAACAGAUUUUAAUUGAUGCUGUUGUCCAUGCUGUGAAUGAGGACUAUGCUGAGAUGGCUAAUGACUUCAACAGAUUAGGCUUCCUGACACCAGGGACUGAUGUCACUCCUAUAGUUCCUGCUCUGGAAGCAAUUUGGCAGAACUCUGCUGGAAAGGGACUGUCAGAUUUUAAUUUUCGUAGUGUCACUGGAAAGUUUAACCAGUUGGUUUACAAUUAUCCCAUUCGAAUCCCAGAAAGGUUUUCUCUUGUAAUCCGUUCUUUGUUAACCCAUGAAGGCAUCUGUUUUACUCUGAAGCCUGACUUCAAAUUUCUUGAGGUUGCUUAUCCUUAUGUGGCAAAGCGACUACUGACAGACCCAAAUCCAGCUCUACGUGAAAGCCUCAUACAGGUUCUAUUCAAAGAUGGUCUCUUCCAGUGGAAACGGCUAGAAAACCUUAUUGUUCUUGCGAAGGAAAAUGUGGCCAAGAUGAGCAGCAAUCCAGCAUUAAAAGUGAAAAACACGCAAAGCCAGAGAAACUGGAAAGUAGAAAGAAAAUUGGACCUCACAGACACUAUCAAAGAUGGAGCUCGCCUUUUCUUUGUUGAUGAAGGAUACGUAUUGUGUUGUUGA